AUGGCCGGCUGGAAGGGUUUCCUUCCAGUCGGCGAGGAAUGUACCUUGUCGGCUGGAAAGGUUUCCUUCCAGCCGGGGAGACUGUACACCGUCUUUAUGACUGGAGGAAUUCCUCCAGUCAUCAAGACUGUACACCAUCUCAAAGGCCGGAGGGAAACCUCCGGCCUCAACAAAGCAACCAGAUUAGUUCAGAAACACAUGCCAGCCUUAUUGACCUCCUCAAUGCUUCACCUGCCCUUCCCAAAUCUUCCAACCAGUCUCAUCUCUCCCCCACCUGGCCUCGGCCUCGUCGCUCAAACACUUGCCAUGCUCAGAGUAGCUCUUUGGCUAGGCAAACGUAAAACUAAGAAAUUUGUACAAAACAUUGCAACAAAUGAUAUAAAUCCUUGA